GCGGAGGAGAGGCAGGCAUCUCCCCGCCUCCGCUCCGCUCGGUCCAAUCCCUUCGACUUCUGCUUUCUCGGCCAGCGCGCCCGGCCCCUAACCUGCUCGAACCCAUUAUGCGGUAGAGGCGGCUGGGUCUCUUUAAGGCCCUGCUGCGCCUGCGCCCUGGGUUCCCCUGACGCGGCCGGGCCGGACGCCGGAGAAGCCGCAGGCGGACGGACGGCAGCAGCCGGGCUGGGCGGCGGUGGGACUGCGGCGGUGCCCAGAGGAGCGGGCUGGGGGUCGCGAGGCGGCCCUGAGCGCCUGAGCGAGCGCUGUGCGCUGGCACUCAGGGAAGGCGGCCGGCGCGGCCGGGAGCGGGGCCCAGGCGCUGGGGCGCGCGGCGCGGUGGCGACUGGAUGGGACGUUAGUGUUGGCGGCGGAGUCCGCCCAACGUUUCCAAGGUGGCGACAGACAAGGUUGCAGAAAAGCUGAGUUCUACUCUCUCAUGGGUGAAGAACACAGUAUCACAUACAGUCAGUCAGAUGGCCAGUCAGGUGGCAAGUCCAUCUGCUUCAUUACACACUACAUCCUCAUCUACCACAUUGUCAACACCAGCCCUUUCACCGUCUUCCCCUCCACAGCUAAGUCCUGACGACUUAGAGCUCCUGGCUAAACUGGAGGAACAAAACAGGUUGUUAGAGACGGAUAGUAAGUCUUUAAAAUCAGUAAAUGGCUCAAGAAGAAAUAGUGGCUCCUCUCUUGUAUCAAGUUCAUCAGCCUCCAGCAAUCUCAGCCACCUCGAAGAAGAUUCUUGGAUUCUUUGGGGAAGAAUUGUUAAUGAAUGGGAAGAUGUACGCAAAAAGAAGGAAAAGCAGGUUAAGGAACUUGUUCGUAAAGGGAUACCCCACCACUUUCGAGCAAUAGUUUGGCAACUUUUAUGCAGUGCACAAAGUAUGCCAAUUAAGGAUCAGUAUUCAGAACUCCUGAAAAUGACCUCACCUUGUGAGAAACUGAUCAGAAGAGACAUUGCUAGAACUUAUCCUGAACACAAUUUUUUUAAAGAAAAAGAUAGCCUUGGACAGGAGGUUUUAUUUAAUGUAAUGAAGGCAUAUUCUUUAGUGGAUCGUGAAGUUGGUUACUGUCAAGGAAGUGCUUUUAUUGUUGGAUUAUUGCUCAUGCAGAUGCCAGAAGAAGAAGCUUUCUGUGUAUUUGUUAAAUUAAUGCAAGAUUAUAGACUUCGUGAACUUUUUAAACCAAGUAUGGCAGAAUUGGGCCUUUGUAUGUACCAAUUUGAAUGCAUGAUACAGGAACAUCUUCCUGAGCUCUUUGUACAUUUUCAGUCUCAGAGUUUCCAUACCUCAAUGUAUGCAUCAUCCUGGUUUUUGACUGUUUUUCUUACAACAUUUCCACUACCAAUUGCAACAAGGAUAUUUGAUAUCUUUAUGUCUGAGGGUUUAGAAAUAGUGUUUCGAGUAGGAUUAGCCCUUCUUCAAAUGAAUCAGGCAGAAUUAAUGCAACUUGACAUGGAAGGGAUGUUACAGCACUUUCAGAAGGUCAUUCCACACCAGUUUGAUGGUAGUCCAGACAAAUUAAUCCAAGCAGCUUACCAAGUCAAAUACAACUCAAAAAAAAUGAAAAAGCUUGAAAAGGAAUAUACUACAAUAAAAACUAAAGAAAUGGAAGAGCAAGUUGAAAUUAAAAGGUUGCGCACAGAAAAUAGACUUUUAAAACAACGCAUUGAAACAUUAGAAAAAGAAAGUGCUUCCUUGGCAGAUAGAUUGAUACAGGGACAAGUGACAAGAGCCCAGGAGGCUGAGGAAAACUACCUCGUAAAACGGGAGUUGGCCACCAUCAAACAACAGAGUGAUGAGGCCAGUGCUAAGCUGGAGCAAGCUGAAAAUAUCAUCAGGAAGCUCCAGCACCAACAACAAUGGCAUAAAUGCAGUUCCAAUUACAACGAAGAUUUCGUGCUACAGCUAGAGAAGGAAUUGGUUCAAGCCCGACUGAGUGAAGCUGAGUCUCAGUGUGCACUAAAAGAGAUGCAAGAUAAAGUUCUGGAUAUAGAGAAGAGGAACAAUUCUUUUCCUGAUGAGAAUAAUGUUGCAAGACUUCAGGAGGAACUCAUCGCUGUGAAAUUGAGAGAAGCAGAGGCCAUUAUGGGUUUGAAAGAACUUAGACAGCAAGUCAAAGAUUUGGAAGAACACUGGCAGCGCCACUUAUCUCGUACUAGUGGAAGAUGGAAAGACCCUCCUAAGAAAAAUGCUGUGAAUGAGUUACAAGAUGAACUCAUGACCAUUCGACUUAAAGAAGCUGAAACACAGGCAGAAAUUAGAGAAAUAAAACAAAGAAUGAUGGAAAUGGAAACACAGAACCAAAUCAAUAGUAAUCAUCUUCGAAGAGCCGAACAGGAGGUGGUCAAUCUACAGGAAAAGGUGCACUAUCUUUCUGCCCAGAAUAAAGGACUACUUACUCAAUUAAGUGAAGCAAAGCGCAAACAAGCAGAGAUUGAAUGCAAGAACAAGGAAGAAGUAAUGGCUGUGAGACUCCGAGAAGCAGAUAGCAUAGCUGCUGUGGCCGAACUACAGCAACACAUUGCAGAGCUUGAAAUCCAGAAAGAAGAAGGAAAGCUUCAAGGACAGCUUAGCAAGUCUGAUUCUAACCAGUACAUUAGGGAACUGAAAGAUCAGAUAGCAGAGCUGAAUCAUGAGCUCAGGUGCCUAAAAGGCCAGAGGGGCUUCUCAGGCCAACCUCCUUUUGAUGGAAUCCAUAUUGUCAACCAUUUAAUAGGAGAUGAUGAAUCAUUCCAUUCCUCUGAUGAAGAGUUUAUAGAUCAUUCCUUACAAGAAGGUGGCAUUGGUUUUCCUUUGCACGGAAGAGCUGUCCAAGUGUCAUUGGACCCUACUGAGGCAGAUGGUAGUGAAAGCGAAACAGAAGACAAUGUGCUGCGGACCAGAGAGAAUGAUGGAGCAGUUUCCAAGGAGCAGGCCCCACAGAGAGAGUCAUAUUCAACCACUGUCUGACCAUCACUGUGACCUAGACUGUGAAUUUCUUGAAGGGAUCAGUUAUCAUAUGACUAGGGGUUUUGGAACAUACAUGUUUCAUAUGUACAUAUAUUAUGUUUUACAGUCUUAAUCUGCCUUUUUGUCUUUGCCAAAUUCUUCACCACUGUUUUUCCAUUGCCAGAAAAUAAACUGCUAGAAUAUGGCUAAUGGGUAAAAUAAGGUUUUAACAGUAUUACUGAAUAUUAAUGUUUCUUGUUUAUAUAAAAUACAGCUAUAGCUAAACAUCAGAGCCAUUUUCAAGUUCAAAACUAUGGAAAAUUUAAUUUUCUUCAGACAAACUGCUCUUGUGCAAUAUUUUAUGCUCUGUGAACAAAUUGUAUAUUUAUGUCUAUCAAUUUGUGUUCAAGGUGGCAGUUGACAGAUAUUUGACCAAGAUAGAUAUUUGAUUUUCUUGUUUUUGUUUUUUGUGUAUGUGUGUUUGGAAGAUAUUUUUUCACUAAAAUUACUAUUUUAUCAGUGGGCCGCUCAAGAUUCCCAAACACAAAGCUUUUUUUCUGUAUAAUUUUAUAAAUACAACCUAACUUAUCUAUUUUGAGAGGUUUUUUUUUUUAAUUUCUAAUUUUGUGUGUGUCUAAUGCUUCCAUAUGUUGGUUACUGGUCAGUUAUAGGUUAACUGCAAAUAUAUAAUUUGUAUAUAUUUAUAUAUCUGCACUACCCAACAUUGAACAUCAUUUUUUAUGAGGAAUAUAUAUUUGCAAAAUGACUGCUUGCAGGAUUGUAGCAGGAUGUCUGUAAAUAAUAGAUUUUAAAAAACUUUAAAAAUCUAACACUAAUAUUUUAAUAGCUUUACUAUUUUGCUUAGCAUUCAACACUACCUGAUUCAUAACCUGUUCAAAAACACUGUUGAUGAUAUCAUACUUCAUGUAUGUGCAGUCAAUACAGUUUUCAUGAUUAAAGAGAUUAUAGCACAUUAAUUAGUGCUAAUAUUUUACUUACUGUAAUUUAAACAAUGGGCUAAAGGUUCAAG